AAAAGAGAUAAGAGAGCAAAGGUAUCCACACAACUCAUAAGGGAAGGAAGAAGGAGAGCAGUCCGCAGGUUCUUUCUUUAGUGCGAAGCUCUUACUGUUCGAGCCAUAACUUGGGAUUUACUCGUCCAAUUAAGGCGUAUAAGGUACCAAAAGAAAGCUCUCAAGACGAGGAAUCCGUGGAGGUCUGGUUUGCAUCAAUCGGAGUAGUGGAAGGCCUCCAGAUUGUCCGAACAAAACGCAACCUCGCAGAACACAGUUUUGUAUUCAAAGAAACGAGUUGACCGGGAAACACCCGUUCUAGGGGCUGUUUUCGUAUCAACGAUUAAGGGUUGAACUAGCACUUUGAGGAGGCUGUUUAACACUCAUAUUUGAGCAAGGAAUCAGUUCCAAAUCCACCUUGACCAAAGCUUUGACCAUUGGACCAAGAAGGGAAAGUUUAAAGCUCAAUUGAGGUUGAGGCUAGAGCUUGCAUCCUGUGCUCGUUGAUCGGGUGAUCCCUCGGAGAGAAGACUUGAAAUGGACCGUGGUGGCAGGAUUACUAGGAGAAACCCGACCGGCCGUGUACCAGUGGAGACUGGACAGGGCAGUCGAAGGACCUCUAGGGCAUCUAGAGGAGCUGGCCGUGGAGGCCGAUCACAGACCGUGAGUGACGGUCAUGUCGACACGGAAAGUGAAACCUACUGGUCCUAUGAGGACUCGACCUAUCGACCGGAAACUGAACCGGUUGAGACCCCUUAUGAAGGGGAUGAUGAUGAUGUAAGUGAUGAGGAGGAAAAUGGCUCCUUAGCACGGAUUGAAGCACUACUUCAACAGUAUCACCGUGAGCGUGAAGAGAGGAGGGAACGCCGAAGGCGCCGGGCUGGGCAACCUUCGGGCAUGGCUUCACGAGGAGGAAGUCAUGGUGCAUCUAGAGUCCAUGUGGAACCACGUGGGGGCCAAAAUGAUGGAGGGCCAACCAUAAGGAUCUCCAAAUACAUCAAAGAAGCAAGAGAUUUGGGGUGCAAACCCUUUGAUGGAGCAGGGGACAUUUCAGUGGCAGCACAAUGGAUCAAGAGGCUAAAUGAAGCGGCCCUUGACAUGCAAAUCGCGCCGAAUCUCAAACUGAGAAUUGCGGUAAGAUUGCUCGAGGGGAUGGCAUCCAAGUGGUGGGAUGGAACCAAGAACAAGUACGGUGAGACCGUCGUUUGGGAGGACUUCCAACGGGAGUUCUUUGCCCAAUACUAUUCUGAUUUCGAGGUGAAUAAGAAGGUGAGGGAAUACACCCUCCUAACCCAAGGGGGUAACAUGUCAGUGAAGGAGCUUGAGUACAAGUUCCGGGAUCUCGCCGACUACAUACCGGAGUAUGCUUGUGACGAGAACCGCAUGGUGAACCACUUUUGGGACGCUCUUGACUUGGAGAUACGUGAUAGGGCAACGCAAUUGCCUAAUAUGACUUUCGCCCAAGUGGUUGAACAAGCAUUGAAAGGGGAGAAACAGUGGGAGGAACGGAAGAAGAGAGACGCCGAAGAGGCGAAAAAGAGAAAAUGGGAGAGUCAUGGCUCCCAAGGUUCCAACAAAAGGGGGAACCACGGAGGAGGAUCUUUCCGGGCACCACCGCCACCAUCAAGGGGGAACCAAGGCCCAAGUGGGCAAGGCUCGAGGUCACAGACCUCAGUAGUAACUCGUUGCAACAAUUGCAAGAGGAACCAUUCCGGUAAAUGUCGCGACCCCCCUAGAUGUUUCCAAUGUGGGGAUGCCGGGCAUUUGAAGGCACAUUGCCCACAACUGGGCGGGGCAAGGACAUCGGGACCAAGUAGUGGCCCGACGGGUACACGGAAUCAGACCGGGGCUUCUCAAGCAAGCAGGGGGCAAGGGGGAGCAAGUGCGAGCAACGCGCCAUCCGUGAACCAAGGAAGGACCCAGGCUAGGGUCUAUGCGAUGACAGAGGCGGAUGCUCAAGCUAACCCGGACUCCGUUGCAGGUUGAGGCUAGAGCUUGCAUCCUGUGCUCGUUGAUCGGGUGAUCCCUCGGAGAGAAGACUUGGUUCGUGCUUCCUCCGUUCUAUUUGAAACAUUAAUAAAUUUGCUCAUGGAUAUUUUACUAUAGAGCCUGCGUGCUCAUGAAUAGCCCUGUGUGGCUCUUUUGUUUUAAACAAUGUUUUCCGCUGCGUUAUGAAUUACUUAUUAUGAUUGUUUAUGGAUGUAUAUGUGUGAAUGAUAUUCAAGACGCCUUGUAUAACAUGAAUGUGUUGGACUGCG